CAGCUCACAUGGUUUCUAACAAAGUGCCAGUUGUGCAGCACCCACACCAUGUACACCCUCUUACGCCGCUUAUCACGUACAGCAAUGAGCACUUCACACCGGGAAACCCUCCUCCACACUUACCAGCCGACGUAGAUCCCAAAACAGGAAUUCCAAGGCCUCCACACCCUCCAGAUAUAUCUCCUUAUUAUCCAUUAUCACCAGGCACUGUAGGACAAAUCCCCCAUCCGCUAGGAUGGUUAGUACCACAGCAAGGUCAGCCCGUGUACCCAAUCACAACAGGGGGUUUCCGCCACCCUUACCCAACAGCUCUGACCGUCAAUGCUUCCAUGUCAAGGUUUCCUCCACACAUGGUCCCGCCACACCACAGUUUACAUACAACUGGAAUCCCUCAUCCGGCCAUAGUCACACCAACAGUCAAACAGGAAUCUUCUCAGAGCGACGUCGGCUCACUCCACAGCUCAAAACAUCAGGACUCCAAAAAAGAAGAAGAGAAAAAGAAGCCACACAUAAAGAAACCUCUUAAUGCAUUUAUGUUGUAUAUGAAGGAAAUGAGAGCAAAAGUUGUAGCAGAAUGCACAUUGAAAGAGAGCGCAGCCAUCAACCAAAUCCUCGGUCGAAGGUGGCACGCAUUAUCCAGAGAAGAACAAGCGAAAUACUAUGAACUAGCAAGAAAGGAGCGACAGCUUCAUAUGCAGCUGUACCCAGGCUGGUCCGCACGGGAUAACUAUGGAAAGAAGAAGAAGAGGAAAAGGGAUAAGCAGCCAGGAGAGACCAACGAACACAGCGAAUGUUUCCUAAAUCCUUGCCUUUCACUUCCUCCGAUUACAGACCUGAGCGCUCCUAAGAAAUGCCGAGCGCGCUUUGGCCUUGAUCAACAGAAUAACUGGUGCGGCCCCUGCAGGAGAAAAAAAAAGUGCGUUCGCUACAUACAAGGUGAAGGCAGCUGCGUCAGCCCACCCUCUUCAGAUGGAAGCUUACUAGACUCUCCUCCGUCCUCCCCCACCAUGCUCGCCUCCCCCUCCAGAGACUCGAAACCACAGACUGAACAAACGCAACCCCUCUCGCUCUCAUUGAAGCCCGACCCACUGGCGCACCUGGUCAUGAUGCCGCCGCCAUCCUCGCUCGUCCUCGCCGAGAGCGCUGCGAGCAAGCCCGGCGCCCUGCCUGCCGCCA